AUGAACGAGCUGAAGAUCGCCGUGCUGGGCGGGGAGGGCGUCGGAAAGUCCGCUCUCAUCGUGCGUUUCCUCACCCGGCGCUUUAUCGGCGAAUACGCUUCUUCUUCAGAGUGCAUAUACAGAAAGCGUCUCUCGGUGGAUGGGAGGCAGAUUUAUCUGGAGCUCUAUGACCCCUGCUCUCAGGCUCGUGAGGGUAAGUCUGCUUUAAGCAGCCAGAUCCACUGGGCUGACGGUUUCAUCGUGGUCUACGAUAUCAGUGACCGCUCCUCUUUCCUCACUGCCAAAGCCAUCGUGCACCAGAUCAGAGAGCUCCACCUGGGAACUGCCAAAAGGGACGCAGACUCGCUCAUAUUUUUGGUGGGAAACAAACAGGACCUGUGCCACAUGAGAGAGGUGCGGCGUGAAGACGGCCAGCGUCUGGCCGCUGAGUGUCACUGUCAGUUCUACGAGCUGUCGGCGGCCGAACACUACCAGGAGGUGGCGCUCAUAUUCUCCAAGAUGGUGCAAGACACUAGCCUGGGCAGCAAGGCCAAGGAGCGCAGGAGGCGCCCCAGCGGCUCCAAAUCCAUGGCCAAGCUCAUCAACAACGUCUUCGGCAAGAGGAGGAAGUCCGUGUGAGGAGCAUCGGUCGAGCCCGGAACAACGGCACUGAACUGAAAUGAACCCUCUGGCUCGGCUUCGCAUCUUUGCUUGUGUUUGCUGUCGCUGUAUCUAUGUGCGUAAAGACGUGUGUGUGUGUGAUGUAGCACCUAGCGUCUGAGCCUGCUUGCUGCUUGCUUCCACUGGUUCACGCCUUUCAUGAGCAACGCGUCCUGAGGCAUUUCAGCCAAAACACACAACUUCAGGGAAAUGCUAGAAAAGCGACAUUUAAUCCAAGAUAAAUGAAAUCUAAGCUGUACUGUAUGACUGCUAGUAUUUAAUCUGUUUUAUACGACUCGAGAGGGAUCAGCCUGUUAAAUGUGUAGUGUAUUGGUGUGUGAUGUAUGUCACAUGCCAUCGACCCUCUUUUAAACUGUCGGGUGAAUGUGAGGACUGUGGGAGGAAAAACUGUAUGAAAUGAUGUGUCAUAUACUGUAGAAUGAAAUUC